AUGCUAGCAGAACCGCUCCCACAGUCUAUACCGCUUCCGUUCACGGCCCAAGAGUUCUUCAUGAGACUGUUUGACGAAGCUGUUAAGUUCACCGAUGAGCAUCAUGUGAGCAUAAUUCACAGGCUGCUGAAUGGAGCUUGCCGGGAUCUGCUAGGAAUCCUUCCCGGGGAUCGAGUCCAAUACAUCGAAACGAAGGCCUACGAGUUGCUGAAGAACUGCACUGCGAAUCCAAAUGAAGGAGCCACCGAAGACCGACACCGGUUUCAAAUCUUGUGUCUAGGCUUGAUGGGUAUCCUACUUCCAACAUGCGAGUCUCAGCUCAACGAGGCUGUUUCGAUGGACAUGGUCAAUGAUGGUGGUCCAUCAGCUGCUCCGCAGCGAGUCAACCCGGUGAAGCACCUCGAAGAGAUCCCUAGGAUGUUCCAAACGAAAGCAGCACGUGCGACCUUGCGCUUCACAGUCACCUUAGCCAUCAGCAUCCUUAGCACACUCGCGGGCGACCUAGAUGAUGAAAUGGCUCGAUAUCUCGGAAUCAUUUCCAAAAUAUUGUCCAUUAUGCCAUCUGACGCCAGACAGAAGUUUCUCGAUGACGAUUCUAGGUUUGUCAGCAAGCUUAUUGAGAAAGUUCACAAGGCUGGAAGUCACCCCGGCGUACAACUUCAAGAUAGCCGUGAUUGGAGACGGCGCCUUGCAAGAGAGCUCGAGAUCCAGGAAAGGCAUCGGUUCGAUUUUAUCGAGCGAAGGAUGGGCGAAGUAUGUCGGGACCUGGAGGCGAGGUGCGAGCAGGUUGAAGAACCCCUUCGUUUGGAACAACAGAGGGUUCAGGAGCUGGAGGAAGAGCUGCGGAUGCUGAAGGAGCAACACGCUGAGCUCGCUGCUCAUGCUUCGAAUCUGGAAAGCCGUGAAGUCGACCGCGAAUUCUUCAUUCAGGGACUUGAAGCCGAGAAGGCUCAAGCUGAACAAGAUUUUCAAAACGCUAUCAAUGUCAACGAUGACCUCACGAACAGAGCGGAAGACCUUCAGCAGAAGCUCGAUGAUGCAAAUCAGACUGCAGAGAGGACUUUGGCUUCCGCACGUCAAGACUAUGACCGUAUGAAGUCGGAAUUGCGUGCGCUUUUGACAAAGGAGGAGACCAGGUGUGAGGAGCAAGCGGCAACCUUGGACCAGAUGAAAGCCCACAUAAUUGGCUUGGAAAACGACCUUGAUUCUGCUCAAGCGUACAUCGAACAGGAGCAGAAGGACAGCGAGGAGCUGAGGGCAAACCUUGAUGAUGCGCUGCAACACAUUGAGGAGCAAAAAACUGCCAAGCUCCAGGCUCAGGCAGAGGUUAGCGAUUUGCUCGAGAAAGAGGCAGCAUACAUCGAUCAGCUUCGCCAUGCUCAGGCAGCGCUUAUCGAAUCCCAUGGGACUUCUGCAGAAUUGAAGACAGAGCUUGACGCCCUGCAGAAGUCCUUGAGUGCCGAGAUUGAAUCUAUGCGUAAACAAGCUGAAUUGGACCUACACAGGGUGGUAGAAGAGGCAUCCAACGAGCGUCAAGCCAUGGAUUCGCACCUUCAACUGGCGAAAGAAGAAAUAGAAUGCCUAAUAGGCGACAAGGACGGCCUUUCCGCGGAGCUACAGGCCAAAGAAGCCCAGGUUGGAAAAUUGCAACGCAAGGUUGAGAAAAUGACGGAAGCGCGCGACAUUGCAGAGGCAAAAUUAGACGAGCUAGAGUCCUGGAGAAACAACAUCCUGAGCGUCAUGGGCGCCCCGACUGGAGGACCUGCCUUUCCCCCGAACCUUAACAGGCGCCGGACUUUUGCGGAAUCUGAGGGCAACUUAGAAAAUGGCAUUGACGAGGAUCCCGACCGUACUGAAAGCGAACGAACUCAAUCACCGCCUGGGACGCAACGCAGUGUCAGCGCCAGUCCGACGCCGAAGCGCGCAAAGGUCCAGCGCCAGCAGCCUUUCAAACCACCGACGCUCAAAACAACCGCAUCAACAUCAGCGGAUGCGAAACGCCGUUCAACGAGGUUAUCUCAGAGCCGUAGGGUGUCAACAGCAGCAAGAAAGCCGUUGAGUGACGUCUCUACCGAGCGCGGCAACCAAUCACCAAUGAGAAAAUCCGUCAGCGGAGCCAAGAAUGUAAAUUUUGAAGCGGUCACACCCCCAUGCGACAGGAGUGCUAAGCAAGCAUCACAGCUUGGCGGCUCGUUUGAUGUUUCGGACUUCUUGGACGGCACGCCGUUUACGCCCUCCGGACGGUGGCAACAACACCUUGAGAAUUUUGGAAGCGGUGACACAACUGUGGAUGUAUGA